GUACCGGUGCGCGUGCCCUCACUGAGUCUGCGCGUGUCCGCGGCCUGUGGUAGGAGCUGUUUUAUACAGUCUAUGGGUAGGAGGUCCAGAAUAACGGAGCUAAAGAUCAUCAUCUUCCCGAAGGAGAGGCCCAGUGAAUACAUGCCUGACACGCCUCAUCCGGAGCGGAAAGAUGAGUUUACUCGUCUGAUCUCAAACGUCUUCGGUUGACUGUUACAGUGUUCGGUUCGGGGAGUCGAGCGCAGAUCGAGAGGUUCGGCCGCGGGACUCCAGCAACAUGCGAGUGUGUAACUGAAACGCAUGCAUUCGAGCAGGAAACAGACUCACGGAACCAAGUCAAGCCGUGGAGUAGACGAUCUUAAGCUCUCGGGUACACCGUUCAUCUUCGUCCUCUACAUGUGACCGAGCCGAACUCUCCGAACCCGUCUGCAGCUUCACCAGCAGGCUGCGCGUUAGCACGGUGACGGCAGGACAGUACAGUAUGGCUCCCCAUCUGGACACGGCUCGCAGAUUGUUCUGGAUCUUAAUGAACUCGCUGCUCCGGUUCACCUUCAUGUUUGUGAAUAACUGUGUGGCAAUCCCGUCCUACUGCCUCUAUCUGUUAGUCCUGCAGCCUUUACGAGUUCUAGAUGCGCCCACUUUCUGGUACAUCGAAGGGGUCAUGUUCAGGUGGUUACUGGCGAUGGUGGCGUCUUGGGGCUGGUGUGCAGGUUACACGGUGACAGAAUGGGGUGAUGAUGUGAGACCGAUGUGUGAAGAUGAAGCCAUGGUCAUAGUCAACCAUCAGUCUACAGGAGACGUGUGCACCCUAAUGAUGUGCUUGCAGGACAAGGGCACGGUUGUACGAAAGAUGAUGUGGUUGAUGGACCAUGUUUUUAAAUAUACCAAUUUUGGGGUUGUGUCUAUGAUUCAUGGAGAUUUCUUCAUCAGGCAGGGCAAAGCACAUCGAGAAAAGCAACUAAUUUACUUGAAGGAUCACCUAGACAAGUAUUACUACAGCAGAGACAGGAAAUGGAUUGUGCUGUUUCCAGAGGGCGGCUUUUUAAGAAAGAGGCGAGAGAUAAGUCAGUCUUUUGCAAAAAAGAAUGACUUGCCUUACUUGACUCACGUAACACUGCCACGGCUGGGCGCCACUCAGAUAAUCCUGAAGACCUUAGGACCCCAGCAGGAAAACGGCAUUCUGGGAACAGAGGGAAAUCCACCAGGUCAAAGUAACAAAUCAAAAGGACUACAGUGGGUAAUAGAUAUGACCAUAGCCUACCCCAAUGCAAGACCCAUGGACAUUCAAACAUGGAUAUUUGGUUACAGAGAUCCAACAGUCACACAUGUACAUUACAGGACAUACCCUAUAAAGGACGUCCCAGAAGAAUCAGAAGCGCUGACAGAUUGGCUGUAUCAGAGAUUUGUGGAAAAGGAGAAACUUCUGGCUCACUUCUACAAGACAGGAGCAUUCCCUCCACCAGACGGCCAGAAAGAGCUGGCCUCCCGAGAUAUGACCCUUGAUAAUGUUUGGCUGCUUUUCGUCCAAACGUUCGCCUUCGCCUCGGGCUACAUGUGGUACAGCGUUCUAAAUCACAUCUACUGUUGGUUCUUCUGACGGCUCUGAGGAGAGCGUAACACACAGGACGGAGGAGACCUAGAGCCCCGAUUGCCAUUCUUCUCUGCCGGAUAGUCGAAUGUACCCCGCAGGACGACUCCAGUUGCUGUUUCUGAUCGCGGUCCCCAUCCUUACUUCGGACAGACACAUCGACCCAAUCCCAGCUGCCCACGCAGACAUGCGUUUAUCCCUUAGAUCUGUGUAGAACCAGUUCAACGUUUACACAUGCGCGCUCACAUGCAGAGAAAAAAUUAUGCACAUCUAAAUGUUUACUCAUGCACAUGUGGAACCCCCCCCAACACACUCCUUUUAUGUUUUUCGUACAAUCAAAAUUAGGCUCAGGAAUAAGCCAGAGAUAGAUCUGUCAAGUCCUCUUAUUUCCCUCAUUUUCUGCCACGUGAGCUUCUCCCCCUUUUUAUCGUUAACUCUCAAACAGGAUGACUGAAGUUGUUUUCAGAGACUGCUGUCCUCUUUGGAAGCGCCACCUCUGGCCUUCAUUGCACUAUGAAUCCUUGUCGCCCCCCUCCCAAAAGAAAGGAAGACCCUCGGUGUGUGCUGUCCUCAUGUCAUUUCAUCCUUGUGGCGGUUGACUGGACGCUGUUGUCUAUGUCAGUAUUGAUCGAUCGUGAUGUUUACACUGACUGAAGGGGGAUUCGGUUUUGAUGAUGCGUCGGGGGGGGUGAGGGAUUUCAAAGACUAACCUGGUUCUUGUUUUAAAACUAGGAGACCGCGUCCUUUGGAGAACUUUACACAGUCAACGCCAUACAGACACAUCCAAGCGCAUCACAUGACUGCCGAUUCAAUAGAACAAAUACCACUCACCUCCAAAGUUUUACAAAUAUUAAGCCAUAUGCUUAUCUUAGGGUCAAAAGGGGGCGGACAUUCUAAUGACUGAACUUUUGUGUUUGUUCAUUGUCCUAAAAGGAUUUUAAUUUGUUGAUUUGUUUUGAGUCUCAAACUGGUCUCAUUUCUGUAAAUGUGACAGCAUAACCUGCCUGUGUGAUUGUGUGCGACUGGCUGUUUCUUUUCUCUUUUUAUUUAAUUUAAUUUUUUUUUUAGAUGCACAUAAUGUCUGGUAACUCCAUGUUAUAUCAGUGUGUUGGCAAAUAUCUGUUUAAUCUUUUUCCUCGUUCUGUGGAUAAUCUUGUGCAGAAAGGAGUCACUCUCUGCGUUUUUACUUCUGAAGCAUCAUGAAUGUUUUAAGACAGACGGAAAGAUAGCUGUUAGGAUCUUCUGUCCCGGCAGGUGCGUAAGUGUCCCUCAGUGUCUGAGCGUCACCUCGUCUGGUGGCGGUCGUGUGGGCGCAUUUCUGUUCAUCAAACGAAACCGUCUUAAAACUGCUGCCACACGGAAAGAAUUGGAGGCGUAGAUUCAAUUUGGCGCGGAGGCACAAAAUAUUUUAGAUUAGCUUUAGACUAUCUUGAGGAAAACGGAAAUGCAAAAUUGUGUUUUUCCUGUGUGAAAUUGGAUGUGUUUGUGUGUGUUAGUGGGGAAGAAUGCCAUGCUUGAGUCUAUUAUGAGCGAGGUCCAGCAAUAAUGUACUCCAAAAUAAAUGCCCAUGUUGUGGCGUUCUAAAGAAACGAUGCUUAGAUGUACAAAUUAGACAUUUGUAGAUGAAAACUGUCAUUUCCCCCCUUAACCGAAGUCAUGUCAUCGGUGAAAGUGAACUUUGUUUCUAUAGCUUGCCAGAUUGAAAUGUGAAUGAUGCCAGAAGACUAAAGCCAAGUUAGAUGCGGACUGCAUUCAGAGCAGGCUACGUCACAGUGAACUUCACCGCGAGGAUCUCGGACACUGGCUUCCUUGUUUCGUUCUCGCUGUCUGUCAGAUUGAGACAUAACAUUGUUUUCCUAAGUAUGGUUUUAUGUUUAAAAAAUAAUAAAAAAGUGUGAGCUAUAUCUAUAUAUUAGCAGUUUUAACCAAAUUACAAUAGAAUGGUCCAUAAUUUUCAUUUUGUACUCUUGUUUCUCUCCCUAGCUUCCCAGCCAUUUUACAACACACAAAUUAAGUGUGCUGGAAUAAAAAUCAUGCGCAGCAGUGACCCA